CGACCAAUCUCGCCGGAAACAGAAUCUCCUCUUCUUCACCGCCAUGUUUUCUUCUUCUCCAGAUGUUUAUAGCCCUCUCGUGCACAAUAGCAAUCGGGACAAACCUAAGCCAGUUCAUCUGCAUCGGGAGAUUCACAGCAGUGUCAUUCCAAGUCCUUGGCCAUAUGAAGACGAUCUUGGUGCUGGUAAUGGGCUUUUUCUUCUUUGACAGAGAUGGUCUAAACCUGCAUGUGGUUCUUGGCAUGAUUAUUGCUGUACUCGGGAUGAUUUGGUACGGUAAUGCCUCGUCCAAGCAAGGUGGCAAGGAGAAGAAGAACUAUUCUCUUCCAACGACCCGACAACAGAAACAGGGAGCUGCUUCGGACUCUGAUGAAUACCAAGGUAAAGCUUAGCUAAUAGUAAAUGAUCAGUUUCACA